CGCUUACCGAAUACGACUGACAGGGAAGUACGCGGCUGCUAAGAGUGUUAGCGUAUGUGGCUCCAGAUUUCAGUUCCGGACUUUUUAUUGAACUUUUUAACAAUUUGAUUCUUUGAAAGCGUCUCCUUUUAUCAGCCAUUCCUCCUGUACCCCAUGGAACCUUUCCUAAACCCAUAGUCCUUUUAUUUAUAUACAAAUCUAAGCCAUAAUUCUGGGACCAAAUUACACUCAGAGCGUGUGUGUGUGUGUGGAUGGACGAUUAUAAUAAGGAAUAAGACUCUUGUACGUCUUUAUUUUCGUGGCAUUCAUGUAACACAGUAUUAACCAAACUUUAAAUAUACUUUAUAUCUGGCUUACUCAGCAGUGAAGCAGCCAUGGCAGCGUCCAACUGGGGACUUAUAAUGAACAUAGUCAACAGCAUUGUGGGGGUUAGUGUGUUGACAAUGCCAUUCUGUUUCCAACAGUGUGGCAUACUCCUGGGCAUUUUACUUCUUAUGUUAUGCGCUUGGAUGACCCAUCAGUCCUGCAUGUUCCUUGUGAAAUCGGCCAGUGUUAGCAAACGUCGAACAUAUGCUGGCCUUGCUUUUCAUGCCUAUGGAAAAGCCGGGAAAAUGAUGGUGGAAACCAGUAUGAUUGGGCUAAUGUUAGGAACCUGUAUUGCUUUCUACGUUGUGAUUGGAGAUCUUGGCUCCUCAUUCUUCGCUCGAUUACUUGGGCUGCAGGUGAGCGAAGGAUUUCGCAUGUUCCUUCUAUUUUCAGUUUCCUUAUGUAUUGUGCUCCCCCUCAGCUUGCAAAGGAACAUGAUGGCUUCCAUUCAAUCCUUCAGUGCUAUGGCUCUUAUGUUCUACACGGUGUUCAUGUUUGUGGUAAGUAAUAAUGAGUACUUAUGAAUAUAGGAUUGAGAGAUUUUUAGUAAUUAGACAGAAAAUGGUUGUCUGAACCUAAUAUUUAUUAUUCAAUGUAUCCCACUCCUUAUUUUCAUCAGAACCUUUAUUUAUUUGGCUUAUACUGGACAUUGGGAUAUAUUGUCUUUUUAAAAGGUUUAUUAUUUCUUACUAGCAAACUAUGGUUUGCAACAGCAUUUGGCAGCAAGCUUGUCAACUUAGAAACAUCAUAAACCUUUGUAGCUGAUUGCAGGCAUGUCUCUGACUAGCUUGCAAUCUAAAAGCCAAUAACCCCUUAUUGACCUGAAAGGUGUGCCAGUACCCACUGAGAUAUUAAAUCAAUCUGUUUGCCCACUGAUACCUUUUUAGGUAGAUAAGGACAGCACUAUCUUGCCUGCAGUUUAUAACCCUCCAAAAAAAAGAGAGAUAAUUACAACAG